AAGCAGCCAAUUACCCAGAUUCAAAGUUCCCUCUGCAGUCUUCGGUCUUCCAACUGCUGCCGUUUACCCAGAUUCACUGCGUCAACGUGAACGUGAAACCAACGCGAACCCUCUAUAUACCCCUGGUCACUUCACCCGCAGGUGACCCAAUCCCCACUCUCUCCGAAACCCUCUCAUAUAUUUUCGCUCCCACUGCCUUCUCUCUCGUGCUCUUCCUCGCUUACUUUCCCUCUGUACUCUUUCACCAUGAAACUCUCGUCACUCGCACUCGACACCAACCCCAUCACGGGCCCACGGACGGCGUUCGUGGGGGUGCACCACAGGCCCAUUCCCCCUCGCCGCCCAACCGUCAUCGUAUGCUCCUCCGUAAAGCCCGUCGUGGCCUCAGCUUCUCUCGGCGUGGCCGAAUCUGCCACCGCCGCCCAGGGACAUCCGAGUCGGAUUGGGUCGCUGAGUCAGGUAUCGGGCGUCCUGGGCUCCCAGUGGGGCGACGAAGGCAAAGGCAAGCUCGUCGAUAUCUUGGCCCAGCACUUCGACAUCGUUGCUCGUUGUCAGGGUGGAGCCAAUGCAGGACAUACUAUCUACAAUGGGGAAGGAAAGAAAUUUGCCCUUCACCUGAUUCCUUCUGGUAUCUUUAAUGAGGAUACUCUGUGUGUUAUCGGGAAUGGAGUUGUGGUGCAUCUACCGGGACUUUUUCAAGAAAUUGAUGGCCUAGAAGCCAAUGGGGUUUCCUGCAAAGGAAGGAUACUGGUUUCUGACCGUGCUCAUUUGUUAUUUGACUUCCAUCAAGUGGUGGAUGGGCUUAGAGAGUCUGAGCUUGCCAAAUCUUUUAUUGGCACAACUAAGAGAGGCAUUGGGCCAUGUUACUCAAGCAAGGUUAUUCGGAAUGGCAUUAGAGUAAAUGACCUGAGGCACAUGGAUACUUUCCCUGAAAAGCUGGAUCUUUUAUUGUUAGAUGCAGCUUCAAGAUUCCGAGGUUUUAACUAUGGACCAGAAAUGCUUAGGGAAGAAGUUGAAAGAUACAAGAGGUUUGCCGAGAGAUUGGAGCCCUUCAUUGCUGAUACCGUGCAUGUCAUGAAUGAGUCCAUCUCAGAGAAGAAGAAGAUUUUGGUUGAAGGUGGUCAGGCGACCAUGCUAGAUAUUGACUUUGGAACUUAUCCUUUUGUUACUUCUUCUAGCCCAUCUGCUGGUGGGAUUUGCACCGGUCUUGGCAUUGCUCCAAGAGUAAUAGGUGAUCUAAUUGGAGUGGUAAAAGCCUACACUACAAGAGUCGGUUCUGGUCCUUUCCCUACAGAAAUCUUGGGUCAGGGGGGUGAUCUACUCAGGUUUGCUGGUCAGGAGUUUGGCACUACUACAGGUCGGCCUCGUCGUUGUGGUUGGCUUGAUAUAGUAGCCCUGAAAUACUGUUGUCAGAUCAAUGGCUUUUCGUCACUAAAUCUUACCAAACUGGACGUGUUGUCGGAGCUUCCUGAAAUUCAGUUGGGGGUCGCAUAUAAACACAUCGAUGGUACACCAAUUAAAUCAUUCCCUGGAGAUCUUCGUCUUCUUGAGCAAUUGAAGGUGGAAUAUGAGGUAUUGCCUGGAUGGAAGAGUGAUAUUUCUUCUAUCAGAAACUAUGCUGACCUUCCAUUGGCUGCACGUACGUAUGUAGAAAGGAUAGAAGAACUUGUUGGUGUACCCAUCCAUUAUAUUGGUAUUGGACCUGGACGUGAUGCCCUCAUAAUAAAAUAAAUUGAUAAUUGUUCCAUCUCAGAUGCUCGAGAGGAUUCUCGUGCUCUUUAAGAGGUAAGAAAGAUGCAAAGGAAAUUUGAUUUGUCUUGGAGAGUGUAAGGCAGGUUAUAUGCGUUUGAUGCAACAGUUAUGCACCCUUUCCCUUCAGUGGAAGGGCAUUUCCAAUCUCUAUGUAUUGGGUUUAGCAAUUUGGAGAAUUUCUGGUUCAGUAUUUUUCGAGUUUUCACUGUUGAUGAUGUGCUAAGUUUUCGUCUGAUACGUUGGCAUCAAGUAGUGAUUUUACCCCUUUUAUUAUUUA